AUGCCAUGUUCGCGCGGCGUUCACGUGGCGGCGCCGCCGGCGAGGCUGAAGGCCAUCGGCACUGCCAGCUCGAAUCGGGCCUAUUUUGAGCGAUCUCUGUUGCUGGACUUGAGCGGUCUCUGCUGCCGGACAGUUGAGGUCGCUCAAGACUCGGCCACUUGCGCGGUGUCAGAAGCAAACGUCCGCUCCGCCACGAGAGGAUCAAGCCGCGAGCCGCCGCGCAAGUUCGUCGCGUCCUCGCUCGUGAGGCCCACUUUCUUCCUUCGCGCCGCCCAGAUGGCUGUAUCCCCCGACCGAUGGUCGACGCCAGGUUCCACGGUGCCUGGGCACUGCGGCAAUCAGCAAGCAAGCAAGAAGGUUGCCUAA